AAACUAUCUUAUUCAACCACAGCAACAAAAAGGCCAUGUACGUAUUCUCUCCUUUACUACCUUACUACCUUACUACCUUUCCUUCCAAAAUAUUCUCUGCAGCCAAACCUUUCACUGCAAAUGUUAACUCUAUUCUUUGCUUCCUUGUUUCUCCUCAGGCUUCUUAACCAACUACCUUUAUCUCACUCUCUUAUAGAACCACAACACCACCACCAAGAGCUACAAACCCUUUUGCUUCUAAAUCAAUGUAAUGAAAAAUGUGGGAGCUUUGAUCAUAUCCCAUUUCCAUUUCACUUGAACACUUCAUGUGGCUCUGUACCUUUUAGUGCUUUUCGUCUCUCUUGCCAAAACUUCACCACCCUUUUUCUCAACAUUGGCUCUGAGAGCUACCGGGUUCUUGAAUUCUUCUCUGAUGGUGUGCUAGUGGAUUUUCCAGGUCUCUCUUCUUGUCGUCGGUAUAAUGACUUACACUCAUUCAGUUUUGCUAAAAGUGAUAACUUUGCCGUGUCGGUUGAUAAUGUGAUUGGCUUGUAUGACUGUGAGGAUUCUUCUUUGUGUAAAGCAGAAUGCGAAACAAUUGACUUGCCUGGUUGUGAUGGCAGUGAUGGUGGUACUGGUUGUUGCUACCCACUCUCUGAUCAUAGUAUAUGGCAUGUUGGAGAUGGGUUUUCGGGAUUUUCCAAGUUUGGUUGCAGAGGGUUCUCAAGUUGGGCUGUUCUGCGAGGGACUAAUUCAGGUAAGCGUGGAGUUAAGUUGGAAUGGGCUAUUCCAAGAAAUUUAUCUAGUGGAGCUUGUGCUAGCAAUGCAGACAUUGUCAAUGCUACAGCAGUUCAAGCAGGGGUGAGGUGCCUGUGUGAGGAUGGGUUUGUAGGCAAUGGAUUUGCUAAUGGAGCAGGGUGCUUGAAGUCAUGCAUCAAGGAUGGACAGGAAGUACAUGGGAGUGACUGCUAUACCAAAGGACAUGGUGAAAGGAAAGCGAUUAUUAUAGCUGGAGUUCUUGCAACAGUUUUCAUAAUCGCCUCCUUGAUAGCAAUUUUUUAUCUACUUAAGCGGCCUGUAAAGCAGGGGAAAUAUGACCCAGAUAAGGGUUACUUUCACAGCACCAUCUCAUUCCGGAAAGCUUGUACAACUCGAUUAUUCGCUUACCAUGAGCUAGACCAAGCCACCAAAGGGUUUGAAGAGGCUCAGAAACUUGUAGACAGUAGUAAUGGAACAAUCUAUGCUGGGGUUCUUGGGGAUGGAUUGCACAUAGCUGUGCAUAAAUUACAAUGUGACAAUGAAAGAGACUUGCUUCAAGUUCUAUCCCAAAUUGAGGUUUUAUCUGCAGUUCAACACAGGAAUACGGCCCGCCUCCUUGGAUGUUGUAUUGACUCUGGCUACAACCCACUAGUUCUCUAUGAGUAUCCCGCAAAUGGUACCUUGGAGGAACAUUUACAUCAAAGGAGAGAACAUAGUAUUAGUCUUGACUGGUACAAAAGACUGCACAUUGCUGCUGAAACAGCUAGUGUUCUUGCAUUCCUGCAGUAUGAAAUUUCUCCUCCUAUCUUCCACCAUCAUCUCCAAUCCGGUUACAUUUUUUUAGACCAAGAUUUUUCUGUGAAGAUUGCUGGGUUUGGUCUACUUAGCUCAAGCCUUAGGAAUGGGGCUGAUUUGUAUAACAGCUAUGAAGGUUCAUGUUGUUUGCACAAAAAUGAUGUUUAUGACAUGGGUAUGCUGCUUCUUGAGAUUAUUGCAGGCUCAAAUCACCUAGACAUGCCAACUGUAGCUUUGCAAAAAAUGAGGAGUGGAAAGCUAGAAGAGAUUGUGGAUCCACUCCUUUACUAUCAUGAGCAACCGCCUUUUCGCAGGGAGCAAAUAGAGAUUGUUGCAGACCUUGCAACGAGGUGCUUCUUGUUUGGUGCAGAUGGCAAACUUGGUAUGAUCGAUGUUGCAAGGGAAUUGGUACAUAUUACUAAAGAAAGCAUUGAUGGAGGUAGCAAGAGGGUUCCUGCACUAGAGGAAACAUUUUCAAAUUCCAGUCUCCUUCAAAUGAUAUCCAUGUCUCCUGAUUCUAUAUAUGUGCCUUGAAAUAAUGCUUCUUGCUGAUCUACUGCCAGUCAGCAAAAUUAUUUGUCCAAUGUCCAGGCCACAAGCCAAAAACUGUGUUGUGUGUGCACUUGCACACAUCUGAAAUUCUGUACAUUGAUUAGUGA